AAUCUUUGAGUAAAGCCAACUCAUCUGUGUUUGGAUUUGAUGCAAUGCGAAUGGAAGUUAACAAUAUUUGACAGUGUGUUGUGCUAUAUACAUGGUAGUUAGCUCUUUCUGUUACAGAAAUGGAUUUAGUUUAUUUAUUAUUGGGCAUUAUAGCCGUUAUAAGAAAUGUAGAAGGAAUAAUGUGGAAAAUGGAACCAAAUACACAAAAAUGUUUGAGAGAAGAAAUCCAGUCUGACGUUCUUGUGACGGGGGAUUAUGAAGUAUCUCCAGCUCCAGGGCAGAAAGUGGAUUAUAUAGUUAGAGAUUCAAAAGGUCAUAUUCUGUCACAGAAGGAGGAUAUAUCGAAAGGAAAAUUUUCGUUUGUGACUGAAACGUACGAUAAAUUUGAAAUAUGUUUCACAUCACGUGUGCCACCCAAUCAGAGGGGUGUAGUCCAAGAAGUUUCUCUUAUUACCAAAAGAGGUGUUGAGGCCAGAAAUUAUGAAGGUAUGAUUGGAGAAGCAGCUAAACUCAAACCUCUAGAGGUAGAAUUAAAGCGCCUUGAAGAUUUAUCUGAUGCUAUUGUUAAAGACUUCUCUCUUAUGAGGAAGCGGGAAGAAGAAAUGAGAGAUACAAAUGAAUCAACAAAUAGCCGAGUCCUGUACUUCAGCAUUUUCAGUAUGUGCUGUCUUUUGGGUUUGGCGACAUGGCAGGUUUUGUACCUACGAAGAUUUUUCAAAGCCAAGAAACUUAUUGAAUAAUUGUCGUCAUUGGUGAUCUGGUGUAAAUUAACCAUAGUGGCUUUGCAAUCCUCAUGUCUGCUGUUUCUCACUACAGCAAGUGAAGAACUCUGGCAGCACAUGAACUUGAGUUGUUUGUGAAUUUGAUGUGACACGUCAUCCAUGUGAGUUGAAUUACAUUGGACUGUGUGACUUCUUUUAAUUGUUUGUUUCGUUUCACUGUGUUGUGCGGAUGAAUUGUAUGAUUGCAUUGUCACAAGUUGUUACUUACUCGACUGUAAGUGUAUUUGACAAAACAUUCUUCAGAACUUGUGAACCUCAUUAUCUGUGCUGUCUUAAAAGCUGUUUUGUACAAAAGAACUGAAAUUUACAAUAUUUGUUACAGUGCACAUUUUUUUAAAAUGUUUGUAACAUGCUGUAAAUUAUUAAAAAAUAUUUAUUUAAGAUA